AAACAACAAGCCAUCAAUCUAGAAGUAAACCGGACUCGAGGCUCAUGAUCACCGCGUCAACCCAGCCGUAACUUCGCUCUCCCCUCCCCAUCCUCCGCUCGGCAUCCAUCUGUCUCGUUCCCGUCGAUGCCCAGCAACAUUGAGCGACCGUAUAGCAGAGCUGAGACCACGCCCUUCCGUGCAGGUGCUGGGAUCAGGACCAGGGUUGACUCGGGCAGUUCAUUCAGGGAGCCCAUCUAUAGGGAGAGCGCUAUCGCUCCCAGUUAUGUCCCGAACACUUACGUCCCGAACUACUCUCGUGUCUCGAGCUUCAGGUCCCCAGAGAUGGAGGUGCUGCUCUACUCACCAGAAGUUUCGUCAAUGGAAAUCGCCGCCUGGCCGGGGAGGACACGCGUCGUGCCUGCGUACGCGGAGCAGGACAUCGUCACGGGCAAGGUCCUCUUGAAUCGCAGCUGUCGAGCGGGACGGCUCACACUCACGCUCUCUGGUACCUUCACUUCCAUCCCGGGGGUAAAGAACGUGGACAAGCUGGUGUCGAAUUCCGCUCCGGCCCAGAAGAAACGGCUCUUUUUCUCUACUUCCAAAGUCAUCGACGUCAUCUCAGAGUCGCGUGGAAGUACUCUUCUCCGACAGAGUCGAGCGGUGGAAGCGGAGACGCGCACAUUCCCAUUUGCAUUCGACCUGGGAAAAUGCCAGAAGCCGGGACACCUUUUACCCGCAUCGUUCUGCUCGUCGCUGGCUGCGUCCAUGGUGACCGAGGUGUCGUACGAGCUUUGUGUAUAUUGGGAGCCGUCCAAAGCGACGUUACCCAUCGCUCAGUUGAGCAUUCCAUUCCUUCUACAGCGAGAACCAGAAUUUCAAUCAGAAAAUGCUCCGCCACCGAAUUCUUGGAUCGAAAUCCCUCUCAAAUCUCACCGACCCGUUCCGGUCAAGUGCGCGGUUACCCUGCCAACCUCCUUGAACUUUUCCCGGUCGUCGAACAUACCCUUCUUUGUGGUAUUUACGACCUCUCCACGUUCAUCUCAUCUCGCACGUGAGAUCGCUACGGAUGCGACCGUGUCGGUGACGCUUACGAGCGAGUUCUUCUGCGCCGACGACCCUGGGCUGGCAGGACCUUCGAUGGCCCCGACGCACGCCCGCGACUCCAGCUCGGGCACAGAGCCGGGGACCUUCCAGAGCGAGUCCAGCAGCAUGAUGUCCGGCGCCGACUCGCGCUCGUCGCGCUUCAUCAAGCGAAUCCGAUCCUCCGCAUCGUUGUUCUCGUCGUCCAACUCGUCGUACUCGACCGCAGAGUCGCAGACAAGCACCAUGAUGAGCACGAAAACUAAGACACGGUCGAGGAUGGGCUCGGCGAAAGGACCUGUCAGGGUUUCGAAACCUCUUCCUCCGAUACCCGACGGGCCGGACACGCAACCGACGACGAUGUACAAUGCGAUCUCCAUUGGAUUUCCGAAGAGGCCGAGGCAUCGGCUGAGUGAGGGAAAAGCCCACCCAUCACUGGAUGCGCAGCGGUCGUUGCCAGAUGGACUUUUCAAGGAUAAAAUCCCCCUCGCUGCGGAUAUGUUGCCGAGCUUCAACUGGGGCGGCGUGUCGCUCAAGUAUUUCUUCGAGGUAUCAGUUUUGGUUGGCCAAGAUGAGCUGCAGGCUAAAAUUCUGUUGCGCAUCACAUAAUGCCCGUUGACUGAGCAUGAUAUGUAUAAUUUAUUUAUUUUCGUCUCGCCAUGCCUAUUUAAUCAUGUAGUAAUCCGUUGUCUAUCAAGUACACCCGGCUUGUUUGGGCCAGGAGGACUGGCUACAUAGUUAACACCUUCGUUGCUGAAAUCAAA